GUAAUUCCUCACCUUCCCCCCCGUCGGUUAGCUCUGGCGCUAAGCAAAGAAAGAAAGAGAAAGAAAUGGAACUAUUCGACUCCUCACCAAACACAAACUCUCUCUCAACAGAUAGAGAUAGAGAGAGAAAGGAGAGCCUAGUUUGAAACGUGAGUUUCUAACUUCCGUUCGUUUCUUCCUCUGAAAAUUUUCGGCAGCAUUCAUUAUUUGAAGUUUUGAGCUAUGAAUCAAAUCAAUAAGGAUAUAAUUAAGGGAGCUCUGUUUUUACUCUUUCACCUGUCUCCAGAAGCUCGCAUUUGACCAUUUAAAUGCCAAUAUUCGGUGUUUGAUGCUGAUUUGAGGCGCUGUAGAGUUUUCUGCUCACCUGACUUUGUGUGAAUCUACCAUAUAUGUGUAAGGGAAAUGGAUCGGUGAGAAGCUCAGGCUUCUUGCUUCAAAAUUUUCAUAUGCUUUUGAAUCUCAGGAGAUCGCAUAUUGCAUUUAAUCUGAUCCUGGAGGCUUAACAGAACGGAGUGUAGCGGGUGGGUGGGUUGGGGGUAGAAAUGGGAGCCGUUGGUGAAGAAGAGUUGAUGAAAUCGGACAAAAUGCAAGGGACCGGACUUGGAGGAGGCGAGAAGAUCUUGGUGUUGGUGAGGUUACGGCCUUUGAGUGAAAAAGAGGUUUCAAGGAACGAAGUUUCAGAUUGGGAAUGCAUUAAUGAAACUACCAUUUUGUAUAGAAAUAGCCUCCAGGAGCGUUCCGGACUACCAUGUGCUUAUACUUUUGAUAGAGUAUUUAGGGGUGACUGUUUAACAAGAGAAGUGUAUGAGGCAGGAACAAAGGAUAUUGCUCUUUCAGUUGUGAAGGGCAUUAACUCAACUAUUUUUGCAUAUGGACAAACCAGCAGUGGAAAGACAUAUACAAUGAAUGGAAUAACCGAAUACACAGUGGCCGAUAUUUAUGAAUACAUGCAAAAGCAUGAAGAAAGAGCAUUUGUGCUGAAGUUCUCUGCAAUGGAAAUCUAUAAUGAAGUGGUUAGAGACCUCCUCAGCUCAGAUACUUCUCCUCUAAGACUGCUUGAUGAUCCAGAGAAAGGGACUAUAAUUGAGAAACUCACUGAAGAAACUCUGAGGGACUGGGAUCAUCUCAAGGAACUAUUAUCCAUAUGUGAAGCUCAAAGACAAAUUGGAGAGACUUACUUGAACGAAGCAAGUUCUAGAUCUCAUCAAAUCCUUAGACUUACAAUUGAGAGCUCUGCUCGUGAGUUCAUAGGGAAGGGGAACAAAACAACUCUUUCAGCUAGUGUGAACUUUGUUGAUCUUGCUGGAAGUGAGCGCGCUUCUCAGGCAUUAUCAGUUGGUCAAAGGCUUAAAGAAGGCUGCCAUAUCAACCGUAGUUUACUAACACUAGGAACUGUGAUUCGAAAGCUCAGCAAAGGAAGAAACGGUCAUGUAAAUUAUAGAGAUUCUAAGUUAACACGUAUUUUGCAACCUUCGUUGGGGGGGAAUGCUAGAACGGCUAUAGUGUGCACCUUAAGCCCUGCAAGGAGCCAUGUUGAACAAUCUCGAAAUACACUUUUGUUUGCUUGUUGUGCAAAGGAGGUUUCUACGAAUGCACAAGUCAAUGUAGUAAUGUCUGACAAGGCUUUGGUGAAGCAUCUACAGAAAGAGUUGGCUAGGUUGGAGAGUGAACUGAGAGCCCCAGGGACUUGCUGUGAUCAUGUGGUCAUGCUUAGGAAGAAAGAUAUGCUGAUUGAAAAGUUGGAGAAAGAGAUCAAGGAACUGGCUAGACAACGUGAUCUUGCUCAAUCACGGGUUGAAGAUUUGCUGCAAAUGAAAGGAAAUGAUCAGGGUUCCAACCAAAAGAGAGAAAUUAGUUACCCUUCUGAAUCUAUAAUAGAGAAGGCAUGUGAUGAUUGCUCGGUUACUGGUUCAGAGAUUGAACUCAAUGAAGAGAGCGUUGUCUCAUCGGAUCUGAGUGAAAGUAGAAACGGAGUUGCAUUUAGGAGCGAAGAAGAAGUUUCUGAUGAGCAUUGCAAGGAAGUUCACUGUAUUGAAGUGGAAGAUGAUUCUGGUAUCAUAAAUCAUACUCCUGAAUCUUUUAGUUUACUCAACAACGAGAACAGAGAGGUGAUUUCAGUAUUGCCUAGACUCGGAAAUGUUUCUACUCAGGAGUUAUCAUCAACCUCAUCUGGACAAUCCAGUGACACCAGAAGUUAUUUCAUCCCAGAAGCACUAGAGGAGCAGAAAAUGCCUGACAGGUCAUCUCAGUGGGCCGUGUCACGAAGUAUGCUAGAUUCCAGAAUCUUGAAGCUGACUAGAAGCAAGAGCUGUAGAGCUAAUAUGAUGGGCCGCUCAUUUUCUUUAUCCAUAUCUGAGUUGGAAGAACAAAGUUGUGGUGAGAAUACCCCGCCCAAUGGUUUAGAGAAAGAGUUUCCUGGAAGACCUGAAGGCCUCCAAAGGAAACAGUGGAAACUUCCUCCAAUGAUCUAUGGAGCCGACAAUCCUCAACUCUCAAGAAACAAUUCUUUGUCUUCUUAUGGUAGUACUUUCAUAGAUGAACUUAAUAGUAAGAGCAAUGCUCCAGAAGAUGAAGAAAUCCCAAGUGUUGACACUUUUGUGGCUGGCCUCAAGGAGAUGGCUAAAUUUCACUAUGAGGAUCAUCAGGUUGAGGAUGUAGAUUUAAGGCCCAAUAGUUCCCAUAGGAGUAUGAAAGAUGUAGGAGGAACAGAUCCACCUGGAACUCCUUCGAAUUGGCCAUCUGAGUUUGAAAGGCUGCAAAAACUGAUAAUUGAGCUUUGGCAGAAAUGCAACAUAUCAUUGGUCCACAGGACAUAUUUUUUCUUGCUCUUUAAAGGUGACACAACAGACUCCGUGUACAUGGAAGUAGAGGUUAGAAGGCUUUCCUAUCUCAACGGUUCAUUUUCAAAUGGAACUCCAGCAGUGCAAGGUGGCAAACGGCUCACACUUGCAUCAAGCCUCAAAGCAGUUUGCCGUGAGCGGGGAAUGCUAAGCAGGCUUAUCUAUAAAAGGUUUACUGAACAUGAGAGGAACGACAUGUACCAAAAGUGGGGUAUAGCCUUGAACUCCAAACGGAGGAGACAGAAAUUAGUGAACCAUUUGUGGAGCAAUACCGACAUGAAUCACGUUAGAGAGAGUGCUGCAAUCGUUGCAAAACUUAUUGGGUUCUAUGAGCAAGGAGGAGAGGCCCCUAAGGAGAUGUUUGGGCUUAGCUUUACUCCACGUGUGCCUUGUAGAUCCUUUGGUUGGAGAAUCAACAGUGUGGUAUCCCUCCUUUGAAUGAUUAAGGAUGAUAGUUGUCGUAUUCCCCUCCUUUGAAUGUGUCCAUCUAGUAGACCUUUAGAAAAACUGAAGCUCAUUCCAAUGGGCUAAUCUGCAAUGUAUCUAUUAGUGGAAUGGCAAAUUGGUAAUGCGUUGCAUUGUUGAUUGGUUAGAAUAGCAAGACUGUAUCUGUAUUUUCUGUGCUGGAGAUUGAACCUUAUUGAUCAUCCCUGUCUCAUGUGUAUGAUGUAAUACGAAUGAUUUUCUGAUACAAGAGUUACAAAAAUAGUUUACUUCUGACUUUUAGUCUGAUCCACUCACAUACCCUGUACCCCCCCCCCCCCCUCCCCGCCCACACACACACACAAGUUUUCCAAGUGAUUCAGCGCUUUAAAUUUCCCCUCCCGUGCAUAGCUUUGAAUGUGUUAUUCUUUUAAGAGAAAAAUAAACGCUCCUAUUUGUGGGUGGACUCGGGCCGGUUCUGGUUCGGGCCUGGGCCCAGCUGGGCUUUUAUUUGAAAAUGUGUGAACUGGAACCGGACCGGGUGGCCGGCGGGUCCGGGUCGGGCCGGGCCUUGGGCCACUUCCUUUUUUUGAUUUUCUAAUUAAUCCCCUAAUCCCCCCUCACCCCCACCCCAAACGGCCCAAAACACCCAGCUCAACCCAGAAAAAUAAAAAAAAAUGAAAAAGAAGCCCGGAAUCGGCCCCGGUCCAGCCGGGCCGGUUCAUCAUUUGGGGGACCCAAGCCCGCACCGUAAAACCACCGGCCGGGCCUACCCGGACCGGUCCCUGGAUGGGUCACCGGUUCGGGCCGGGACAGAACAGUACCGGUCCUGGGUCGGUUCCGGGUCGGGCCACCCGAGCCGAGUCCAUCCAUACUCCUAUUGCGGACUAUGGAAGAAUGGAAUAUGAUUUUCAUAUUGAC